AUGUUAGAGGACGCAAUCCCCUCCACCUCAACAGCUCCAAUGACCUCAAUGGCCCUCCCUACCACCCUGACAACAGAGAUUGAGGAUGAAGAACCAGUGGUAUCGGACAUUGUGGAAGAUCAGACUGUUGGCGAUUGCAUCCAGGAGGAGGGCCUGUUCUACGUUGCUGGCUGGCUUGUCCGGGUCUUUCAAAAGGAGGAAAUUGUUCAGGCCUGUCCACACUGUGAGGUGCUGUUGUUGGGUGCCAGACAUCAGGACCACAGCUACGCCACAAGUGAGGACCACCCCUUCCUGGAGGCAAAAAAAUACACGGCAACGGCAAACCUAAUGAGGCCUUCGGAAGGGUUUUUCGCUGCCAUCCAGCUUUUGGAGGGGGAAUUUGGACGGAACAUCUACGCUUUCUGGCCUCUCACCCAGAUCACCAAAAAAAUGGAGAGGGCUCUGGGCAAUCUGGUGUUCAAAAGCCUCUUCAGCUCACACCCUGAGCAUGCAAUUCUAUUGGAGACAAUAGCAAUAAAAAAAUUUGUGAUGUGCAGGCUCGGGGGGGAAAUCCGUGAGAGGAACAGGAGGCUGAGCAAACAGCAAACGGCCAAAGCAGCUCAGAGAAAGCUGUCCACCUUCACGGCCUGAAUGGAGCUGGAGGAUCAUUGCUGUGUCUGGCUGUGGAGGGAGCUAGAUGGAGCGGUCUUCAAAUUAUUCCUGUGGAGAAUAUAAUAAUAAUAAAAAGAUUAAAAAAAUUUAAAACAAUUAAAAAUUAAAUAUAUAUCUUUUAGUAAAGUAAAUAAAUACGUUUUGGAAUACGCUAUAAAUAUAAAUGAUCAUUUGAGGUUGUUCUUUUACUGCAUGCAACGAUUGUUGUUUAUUAAUUUGUCCUUUAACAUUGCUCUACAUUGUUCGACAAAAGAAAAUCAAACUUCAAUUAA